AUAGAAGUGGAUGUGAGUGAGUGCAGGUCUCAGCUCAUUUCCAACGAAUCUUUUUAGCACAUGAGUUUAGCCAGAGUAGUAGCGUAGUGUGCAAGUGGUCUUCUCCACCUCCCCGCAAAGCCUUCUUGCACUUGCUUUGACACUUAGCAAACAGGGAGUCAGCAUGCACUGUCAAGCCGAGGUGAGGCUUUCCUCUCCCGGCCAGCUGAAGGCUGUCAGGCGGCGCUACAAGACUUUCAUGAUUGACGAGAUCCUCUCCAAAGAGGCUUGUGAUUAUUUUGAGAAGUUUUCCCUGUACUCAGUGUGCCCGUCGCUCAUCGUUCGACCGAAGCCUCUUCACUCUUGUUCGGGCUCCUCUUCACUACGUGCCUACCCACUCCUCUCGGUCAUCACACGGCAGCCUCCUAACCACCCGGGCCACCACCUACAUACACCUCCAUCUCCAGGCGGAGUAUCACCUCACCUUCCCCUGCUGUCACCGCAGCAUGGCCGAGGCUCCGAGCCGUCGCCCAGCCAAACCCCCCUCAGUAUCAGCAGUGACUCGGAGACAGAGCGCGGCACCCCCCGCCUGAAAAAGCCCCGGCGUAGCCGGACCAUCUUCACAGAGUUGCAACUAAUGGGACUCGAGAAGAAGUUUCAGAAGCAGAAGUACCUGUCCACACCUGACAGGCUAGACUUGGCACAGUCCCUUGGUCUCACACAGCUUCAGGUGAAGACAUGGUACCAAAACAGGCGCAUGAAGUGGAAGAAGAUGGUGCUCAAAGGAGGUCAGGAGGCACCUACCAAGCCUAAAGGCAGACCAAAGAAGAACUCAAUUCCCACUACUGAGGAAAUAGAAGCUGAGGAACGGCGACUGAAGCAGGAGGAAGAGGAGCAGCUGAGAGAGAUGAAGGGAAACUCUAUUCCUGCUCAGACAGAAGAAAUGGCACCUCAGCUUGAUCUUGAAGCUCUAAACUCUGUGCAGACCGCCACCCUACAAUGUCAGAGUGCAGCAAAAGUGGUGGACGGCGCUGAGAAGGCGCGACCUCUCCUAAUACCCUCAGACACUCAUGCAGAGACCUAAGCAACAAGAACACAAGCAAAGACUAAUCCACAGUCCCAAAACCUGAAAAAAAAUAGUGCCUCAGGAUGACUGUAGACAUUGAUGGUGUGCAGAGCAGCGAAACAUAUUUUUAGGGGUCGAAAUAAACGAAACACAUAUUAUUAAUUAAAUAUAAUAUAAUAAGAAUAUACUAAUAUAAUACAAACACACUUUUGAUUUUGCAGAGGGCUAAUUGUUUCCCAAAAUCAACCCAAAAUGUGGCAACUGCAGCACAACUUGCAACUCACAAGUUACAAGCCAUUCGUCUGGUUUGUUGUUUGAUUUUACUUAGCCGAUGUUAACGUCUGCGCGGACCUCAGUAGGUACGUCAUGAGGGAAGAUGAUAUAAAAGUGAUUGAAAUUAUACUUUUCCUACAAAUGCAGUAUGUGCCCUAUCUCACACAGGCCAAUUAAGCCUCUGUGAUAACACAGAUAUUUAUUAGAGGAUGAAAUGAUCUUAUGUCUCCAUUAUUGUUCUGCCAAGCUGCCUCACAUCACACAUUUGCCAAACUGUUAGGAUUUGCCUUACUGUGCUGCACAGUAUAUAUUUUACUGCCAAUAAAUCUUAGCAAAUGCUCCAGUGCCUUGUUGGUCUCAGAGGGAUGAAAUAUAUUAUUUUAGUUACUUUCAAACGUGUCAUUUGAGUUCCUCUUGGAAACUUUAUAUUACAUAUUUGUUAAAAAUUUUACCUGCAAAUACUGUAGAAAUGUGUAAAUUAUAAAACACACGGUCCUUUUGAUAUUUAUAUAUAUACAACAGUAUUUUAACUGCUGUUUGAAAUCUGUGUUAUUGAAAUAGUUUGUAUGUCUCAUGUUGCAGUUGCCUAUGAUAUUUUGUUUCUCUUACAGUGUCAGGACAGCUCCUCUUUCUGCCUCAAAAGCCAUUAGAAACUUUUAAGCUGUCAGAGAUUCGCCAAAGAAAUAAAUCACAGCUUCUUGCCAAAAAUUCACAGCAACAUUUAAAGUGUCAGACAAUUUCAGCCUGCAGGCUUUUUGCUGUCUUUGACUGCCUGUGAAUGACUUUGCUUCAAAAGCUUUUUUUCCUGCCUUGCAAGCGUUUUUGUAGCUUGGAUAUGAAUGCAACACAUUAUUGCUAUUGUUUCAUAUGAAAAAUGCAGUAUUUUUCUGAUGUAAAUAUUGCCUGUUUCCUGUGCUCAUUUUCCAUUUUUCAGGUUUGUGUGUUUGUAUAUUUAAAUGCACUCAAUGGAUACCAAUUCAA